AUUACCUCUUUAACAGUCCCUUGUUGCCUAUACAAAUGCCUCGGCUCGGUUUUAGACUCUUCUAACGAUGAGUCUCUAACUCAGAAACAGAUUGUUGGUGGUGCAUGGCUGAGAAAUUGUCCCGAGUUACGUAAACAAAUGCCUCGUCUCAGUUUUAGACUCUUCUAACAAUGAGUCUUUAACUCAGAACAGAUUGUUGGUGGUGCAUAAAUGAGAAACUACGUCCCGUGUUGCCUUCUCAAAUGCCUCGGCUCAGGUUUAGACUCUUCUCAUGAUGAGUUUUUGGAUACAAAAUGAGGGUGGAAGAUAUUGAUCCGGAUUUUUCCAUCAGAUUGGUUGGUUGAGCUGGACUUGGUCGAUUAGGUGCUCCAUGGUAAAGCUUGAUGAAACUAGAAGAUUAAAUGUGACUUAUGUAAUGGAUCUUGGAGCAAGAAAAAGAUGUGCUCGUUUAUAUGCACUUAUGAGAAAAACACAACUCUUGCUAUGAUAGAAAAAUAUGAAGAGAAGAUACUAGACGCCACUUUCGUUUCAGCGCUUGCUAUGAUACUCAAGUCUCUGUGGAAGAUUAGUGUUUUCUUAAGCCAUUUUUUGAUGGACUAUGUUCAAGACGUACCUCACAGCCUCACAAAUGAUGAAUCUCUUCUUCCACAAGACAUACUUUGUGAGUUCCUACUCGAGAAAAUCAGUCUCACUCAUCCUCUGGAAGCAAAUGGUGUUUUAGACCUGUUUCUAAACAUCUUAAAGCUUCUGCGCUCUUUCGAUCUGAUGUUCACUCAGAAAAUUCAAGCACUUGAUUGGACAAAGAACGAGACUGAAGGAGAAAUGUUAGAUACAACUUCUGUUCUGGUUCUGGCGACAGAGAUAGAUAUUAGUAUAUUAUAUACCAAAACAAAGGUUCAUUCACCACGUACACUCUUGUCUCAAUGGGUUUGCUCACAAGGAGGUCUGUUAACCGCUCGGUUAUGCUCGGUUUCGGUUAGUUCAUAUAUGUCUCUGUGGCAAAUUAGCGUUUUUGCAAAACAGAACAACGUACGUCACGACUUUACAGGAUCGUUUCUUAAGGAAGACAUACUUCGUCUCUCUUUUAUCAACAAUCUCAGUCUCAGCAAACCUCUGGAAGCAAAUAAUGUCUUUGACCUGUUUGUAUACAUCUUGGAUAAUUUUCCCCCUUGGAACCCGUACUUUGAACUGUACGAAGUGGCGAAGAAGAGUUGCAAUAGAUGCAAGAUUGAUAUGGAGUAUCCGAUUAAACGUUGUUAUGGUAUGAUCAUCAAUGCUGGUUCACUCAGAGAAGUCAAGGCAAUGUUCGAGAAGUUUACAUUCGAGAAGAUCAUUCAGGUCAUCAGAAUAGACUUAAAGAUGCCUUGUGAUAAGCAAGGAUGUGAGAAACGAAACUAUGUUCAACGUAUGAUAUAUAAACCUCCAACUGUUUUCACAAUUGCACUUAAGUGGGAGAACAAUGAGACCGAAGGAGAGAUAUUCGAUACUACUUCUGUUCUGCAGACUGAGAUUGAUAUUAAUACGAUAUACCAAUACAAGGGUGACAGUGCAGUCACUAAAUACCGUCUUGCCUCAAUGGUUUGCUCGCAUGAAGAUCAAUACAACUGUGUAGCUUAUGAAAAUAAGGGUUGGGUCAGACAUGUUGGUUCUGAGGAAGAGGUUAUUGGAGACUGGGAUGGUGUUCUCUGCAAAUUCCGGAAUCUGCAUAUUCCACCUGAGAUUCUAUUUUUUGAAAAUGCUAUGCAGAGGGACCAGUUGGUAUCAAAAGUAUCUGAGGAGUAAGGAAAGCUUUUUCAAUGGUACAGGAAAUGGAUAUUGAUGUAUAUACAACAAGUGUUUCGAGACUUAAGUCAAAAAAAUGUAUAUACAAAAAGUGUUUAGAAUGUUGUUGCACCACUGUGAACAGAAUUUUCAGUGUUUUCUUCCUCACAAAUACAACAUCUUGAUUGAUAAUC